AUGGCCGACGCUCAGGCUCCUCCUAAGGCAGAGUCUCCCGUUCCCCGGGAGAAGCUUGAGGCCCAGAUCAAGUCCGCCGACAUGACCGAGGACAUGCAGCAGGAGAGUAUCGAAGUUGCACAGGAGGCCAUGGCUAAGUACACCAUUGAGAAGGACAUCGCACAGUACAUCAAGCGAACCUUCGACGAUCGAAAGGGACCUACCUGGCAUUGUAUUGUUGGUCGUAACUUCGGUAGUUUCGUUACUCACGAGACCAAGCACUUCAUCUACUUCUACCUUGGCCACUGCGCAAUUUUACUGUUCAAAACGCAAUAG